GAAAAAUGACUCCAGAUUAAAGCUCAAGAACUUCGUUCAUGGCUUGCUCAAGUCAGAAUUGUUCCCUCAGCAUCGGAAUUCCGUGCGUCAACUUCCAUCGCAACUGCUUUCCAGGCAUGGAUCAUUGUCUGUUCCACAUUGCGUGCGUUUUGGCUCCAUGGAUUAGUUUCUUGCUCCUCACCCUCUUAUUUCUGAUUCUCUUGGCCAUGCUCAUCUUCUUGUACAUGGCGAUUGAGCUCAAAGGGCAUUUCAUGCAAGCAUGUAUUAUUAUAUUGAGUCUCUUGGGUUUGGCCUCAUUGGCAUCCACCAUUACAUUUGCCAUAAUUGGUUCUACCUAAUCAUCCGAACUAAUCUAUCGUCUGAAGGAAAAUGAGUGACACAUGACCGUGAAUAAUUUGAUUUCAAGCCUAUUCAUGGAAGUAAACUGUAUGAAAGAGGGCCAAAUUGGUCCACAUCUAUUCCCUCUCUGUCGACCUAUCCCCCAGGGAAGCAAAUAUUCUCUGCUUCUCUGUUCCUGAAACAAGAGGAUAUUACAAGUUAAGUAAGUGGGUCGUAUUCGUCGAAGGCUCGUCGUUAUCCUCUUUUGAGUUGGAGAAGCACGCCACAUCACUUCCCCCACCACGAUUUGGUUAGUUGAACAGCCUUCGUUUCAACGCAGUCAGUCACUCAGUGUCUACGUACGAGCUUGUUCGCUCUUCUUUGGAUCGGUUGUUGGUGGCCUUUCUUUCGCGUUGAGGUUGCACGUUGCCUGUCAUCCACAGAGAGUGAAGCGAGAAGGUUCUGUCCUCGAUCAAGUGAAGCAUCGCCGUGGUCGAUCCGCUCGGCUCUUCAAAUAGCUGGAACCUCUGCUACUUUCCUUGGAGUGGAAAUCUGCCAAGUGUUGGAAGCAACAUGUUUUCCUGAAGCCUUCUUCCUCUACAGCUAAGGAGCCAUGGGGGCCACGCCACAAGCUCUCUCGGAGAGUGCGAUCAAUUUCAUUGCUAAUCUGACAAGUUCGCAUCCAAGGACGGAUCUUAAUAUUUCUCAGGUGGUGGCCUCGGCGAUCCAAAGUGCGGAGUUUGAUUAUCCCGUCUCAGGUGAAGGUCCUUUCCAUGAUGGAGCUGCCAAGAAUGGGCUCCCAGAGGGUUGCUUUAAUGCCACGCUCUUUGAACAAUACAUUCGUCUCGUGGUGAAGAACGUUACCACUUUAACCAAGGCCCAGAGACGCGAAAUCGAAGGCGAUCCUCUCUUCUACAUCAUUGCUGUCCUCAUUUUUUAUUCAUGUGGAAUCGUCGUUCUGAUGAUCAAUUACAUGAAGAAGGAACAAAGCGAUUUCGAGGAGACGAAUCUGUACAAACAAUACAUAGACAAGCGAGAUCGGUGCGACGAAUUUAAUAACCGUGGUCGGAGUCUCAAUCGCUUGGCACUUCAAGCUCUGAACGCUGUAAAUGUGAUAUCUCAACAAGACGGCGACAACGCUUCAUCGACGAAAAUUGCCUUCGUUUAGAAAAGGGCACCACUCAAAACCACUCUGCCCAUCUUUGCCAGGUUGCAUCUCCCAACCUUUUAACUGAUUGGUUUUUGUCUCCCCUCAAUUUUGUCCCCACUCGUUGUUCAGAGACACCUUCUAUAAAUAAAAGACGUCAUAUGUA